AUGGCUACGACAGAAUACAGAGGCCAGCCGAGUCCAUCGUCUGGAAUCGGCACCAUGGAUACGGCGGCAGAUGGAGGCCAGCUCCGUACUCCAAUCGGCAACCGGGUUCAAAAUGAGUCAAAGAUUACUGCAAUGCCUACGGCAGAAUACAGAGGCCAGCCGAGUCCAUCGACUGGAAUCGGCACCAUGGAUACCGCGGCAGAUGGAGGCCAGCUCCGUACUCCAAUCGGCAUCCGGGUUCAAAAUGAGUCAAAGGUUACUGUUGACAGUGGUAGCAUGGUUCAUACUCAAAAAGUGCAGGGAGGGACCAAGAAGCAGAAAUAUAUGCAUUUAAUAAACUCAUCUGUGAGUUUUGUAAACGCUGUAAAAGCAUUAUCGAGCGACCACAAGGAUGCUAUUAAGUCUAUGGGAUUUGGGGGGCUGCUUCGUAUGCCAGGGACGUGUCUCAGAAGACAAAUGAUUGACAAAAUUGCAAACAGAUACGAAAUCAGCAACCAAUGCUUUUUUAUAUGUGGUAAGAAUGUUCCUAUUUAUCUAGAGGAUGUCAGGGACAUAAUGGGACUCCGGAUUGAAGGCAUAGAUGUUUUUAAACAUGUAAACCAAGAGGAGGUCAAAGAUGAAGACAAAAAAGUGGACAUUGAAUUGAUGAAGAGGUAUGAAGAUGCAGACCACCUUCUCACGAUAAGCAAGUUGAAACAAAUGAUGAUGAAAUCAGGCACUCCGGAUGAUGACUUCUAUAGAAUAUUUGUCUUGUUCACAAUUGGUGUCAUUCUAGCACCAACCGUGAAGCCCUAUGUUAAAGCUAGUUAUCUACCCGUGGUUAGAAAAGUAUCAGACAUUCCGAAAUUCAAUUGGGGCCAAUUCACUCUGACCCAUUUAUUAACCUCAUGUAAUAAUUACAUAGUUAAGAAACGAGCCAACAUACAGGGCAAUUUGACUUUGCUGCAGUUUUGGUACUGGGAGCGCGUCAUUGCAUACACCAAGUACGGGAUCAAUUACGAGACAAUCCAACCACCACUGAUGGCGAGGUGGACUGAAGACAAUGCUGGUCUUCGAUGGCAUGCUUUUAAUCAGGCCGGCCUAGAUGGAGGAACUCUUAUGACGCGCACUACUGGUCAGACCACCAAGCCAAAAAAUAUAAAAACAGAAACAUCAAUGUCAGAACAGGCGCCAACACGCGAGGAGGGUCUAAGCAACGAACAAAAGCAAUUCCUUGAAGAAUGGGUGAACAACAUCCAAACGGACAUUGCACUAGCAAUGGAAAAAAAAAUUAUGGAUAUAGACCACAAAUAUGAUAGGAAAAUAUUAUCACAAAACGAGGAGUUAGCUAAGAUUAGAAAGGAGAAAAGGCUGGACAACAGACUGGAAGCUAGGGUGAGCAAGAUAGAAGAUGAUACUGCACAAAUGAAAAUGGAUAUCAAGAAAACACAACAGGUACAACAACAAAUCCUUCAGCUACUGCAAAGUAUUGUUGACCCAUCUACGCCAACAUCUGCACAAGGUCAGCCGUCUAUGGCUACAUCUUCGCAAGUUCGGUUAUCUAUGCCUACAUCUGCACAAGUUCGGGAAUCACCACAGAUACUAGUCAACAAGUCAGAACCAGGUGGCCCACUGCAUUUCUCCCAUGCACUGGCGAGAAUCAAUGCUGAAGCACACACUGGAACAAAAGUUAAGAUGGAAAAGAACACGCAGCAGCAGAACAGCCCCUCCACACAACACCAAGGCGACGCCUCUACACACAUCACACCAAGAAAGCCAAUUGUCGACAAUGAUUACAAAGUGAGUCCAAUAGACACAGAAGCCGGAUGCUUCGUACUAAUGAGUUACGACCAUGCUAAGGUUGUACAAAUAGGUGACCAUGUUCUUACAGCCAAACAGCUACGCCCUAAUUUCACAGAUGGCUUUAUAGUAGAUGAGGUCAUAAAUGCCUAUGUUGAUUUCAGCAACGUGGAGACUGAAGAGGCAUCAUUCAUAACAACUUUUCAAGCCAGGAAGUUGGCUACAGAUAAACUGGGUGACCAACGACUGACAUUUAAGAAGUUAAUUGCCAACAAAUGUGUUCGAAGGCAUUUGGUUUUCGUGCCUCUCCAUAUAAACAAAAACCACUGGGCUCUACUAGUGCUAAAUUUUAUAAAGAAAGAGGUCCAGCUACUUAACUCCUUAGCCUCAACCCGUGAUGAAAACCAAGAGAAAGCAUUGGUGGAAAGCAUACAAGAAUGCAUUGAUUCUUCGGGCAACGAUGGCUUGGUUAACUUGCACGCCUGGAAACGAAUUCCUUAUCAUAACAUACCGCAACAAACAGACGGUCAUUCAUGCGGGGCGUUCAUAAUAUUUUAUAUGCUAGCAUGGGAUGGAGAAAAAAUGGCCUUUCAUUUCACAAACGCGCAAAUACUUAGUCAAACAUUUUCUUUAGCAAUUCCUGCAAAUAUUUGCGGCGGUAGACAAGGCUACCCUCUACAACAAACAUAUGCCCCCGUGGGAAGAGGUAUAAUGAGGAUGACUGAUCAUAUAGAGCGAAAAAAGAAGGAAAGGCACCACCUGCUCGGCGAGGUCCAUGUACUCUAUGGUGAACAGUCGAGCAAAGAAGCUCUGCUCUGA